AUGGAUUCGAUUGAGCAGACUCGGGAGGCCAAGUCCAUGCACACGACCAGCAUCUUCUUCAGCGACACAGGGCUGGUAGAUGCACCUGUCUUCGACUUACACGACCUCGGCGUCGGAGACGUUGUUCGUGGACCGGCCGUGAUCAUUGACCAGACACAAACUAUAGUCGUCACGCCCAAUGCCGCAGCCACAGCCCUUUCCUCUAUGCUUGUUAUCGACGUCGACAACCCACCCGCUGCACACUCGGACGCCGUAGUUGAACCCAUCAAGCUGUCAGUGUUCGCCAAUCGGUUUAUGGGCAUCGCUGAGCAGAUGGGCCGUGCGCUCCAAAAGACAUCAGUGAGCACCAACAUCAAAGAACGUCUCGAUUUCAGCUGUGCCAUCUUUUCAGCCGACGGUGGACUCGUGGCAAAUGCGCCCCAUGUUCCCGCCAUGUUGGGCAGUAUGGCCUUUUCAGUGCGGUGGCAGAUUGAGCACUGGAAGGGGAAUAUUCGAAGAGGAGAUGUGUUCUUGAGCAACGCCCCAGCUGCGGGCGGCGCUCAUCUUCCUGACCUGACGGUGAUUAGCCCAGUGUUUGAUGAAGAUGGGGAGCGAGUGCUCUUCUGGACGGCAUCACGGGGUCACCAUGCGGACGUGGGUGGCAUCGUGCCCGGGUCAAUGCCAGCAAUGUCGAAAGAGAUUUGGGAAGAAGGGGCCAUCAUCGAGAGCAUGAAGAUUGUCGAAGAUGGAGUGUUCCAAGAAGAACUACUCUACGAGGCGAUGGUGGUGGCUCCAAGUCGACACCCCGGCUGCGAGGGAGCGCGGUCAUUCCAAGAUAACGUCACGGACAUCAAAGCCCAAGCUGCUGCGAACCAGAAAGGGAACAACUUGAUCGCAUCCUUGAUCAAGGAGUAUACACUAGACACAGUCAUGCUGUACAUGAAUGAAGUCCAAAAGGCCUCCGAGAAUGCCGUCAGAGACUUCUUCAAGAAAAUUGCGCGCCAAAAAGAGCGGAGCGUAUUUGACGCAGAAGACUUCAUGGAUGAUGGAUCAAGGAUAAAGUUGCAAAUCAGGAUAGACCCCGAGACAGGUAGCGCGGACUUUGACUUUACUGGAACCAGUCCGCAAGCUUAUGGCAAUUGGAACGCCCCUCAGGCAGUCUGCAAUGCGGGAAUCAUUUACACGCUGCGCUGUCUUGUCGACGCGGAGAUUCCACUCAAUCAAGGAUGCAUUCUUCCGGUCAACGCCAUCAUCCCCGAGGGGAGCCUUCUCAAGCCAUCCAAAGACGCAGCCGUGGCAGCAGGCAACGGCUUGACCAACCAACGUCUUGUCGACGUCAUCUUGAAGGCCUUUGAGGUUUGUGCGGCGAGCAACGGAUGCAUGGCCAAUUUCACCUUCGGCUUGGCCCAGAAAAACGGCUUCGGGUACUACGAAACCAUAGCAGGAGGCAGCGGUGCUGGGCCAUGGUGGGUAGGUGAAGACGGCAUCCACUGCCACAUGACCAACACGCGGAUAACGGACGCGGAGGUUCUGGAGCGUCGGUAUCCCGUCUUGCUGAGAGAGUUCAGCCUCCGCAGGGGUAGUGGAGGAGAAGGCAGGUUCAGAGGCGGCGCGGGUGUCAACCGAGAGAUCGAGUUCCUGAUUGACAUGCACGCUGGAAUCCUCUCCGAGCGACGCGUGUUUCAGCCCUACGGGAUGGCUGGCGGGCUACCAGGUGCAAGGGGUGAGAACCUCUGGCUCCGACACAAUGGGCAAGUCAUCAAUGUCGGAGGGAAAGCUUCGUGCUAUGUCAAAGCUGGUGAUCGCAUGCGAAUAUGCACACCAGGUGGUGGCGGGUAUGGCUCGCCGGAACAUUAA